AUGAAUGAGUAUAACGGUCAACAUACGGAGGGGCCGGGCCAGACGCCGCCUGUUUUAAGCAUCUCUUGCCGUGGCCCAGGUUGCGCUCUCAGACGGAAGAGGCAAGCGAAGGGUUAAAGGGAGCGCCUGAAGACUCCUAGAGGGGCCCGGGGAGGGGCGGAGCCUGGCGUACAGGCCCUCCUCGACUCCUGACCGGAAGGAGCUGCGCCAAGCGUGUUGGGGGCCCCCGGAGGUCAAAGCGAAGUCCGUGUGGCUGAGCAAACGAGGCGCGUCCUUCCCUUCCCCUCCCCUCGGCAGGCCCUGGGCUGUUGCUUCUCUCUCUGCUGCUGCCGAGCUCCAGCGGCGGGAGCUGAGCCCUGGGAGAAAGUCACUGGCUAAAACCUGCAAACUUCCAUGCAGCUGCAUGACAGAAUGUGAUGCUGCUGGAAAAGAAGAGGGCUGGCUACACUGGAGCUAAUCAGCUCACCUGCCUGGAGAGUUCUUGAUUGAAGAGAGAAAUUGGCUGAAGAGCAAGGAGAGCUUUGUGUAUUCCUGGACGCUGCCUUCCUUGCAAGGCAGAGCAAAGAUGGAAGAUGACAACUCUGUGGGCCCAAAAGUAAUCAGAGGCUGUGAGGUUGGAAGCAAUGGGGAAUUCUGGGACAAACCUGAGCACAGGAUUCGAGAAGAGCAAACUGCCAGCUCUGAAGCACAGCGCCAGCGCUUCAGGCAGUUUUGCUACCAGGAGGCUGAAGGGCCCCGAGAGGUUUGUAGUCGGCUCCACAGCAUUUGCUCUCAGUGGCUGAAGACAGAAAGGAAGCAGGAGGCAGAAUGGGCAGAGAAGGCCCCAUCAAGCCCCAUGCAGAAGCUGCUGUGCAAGAGCAUCACAGAGGGACACAAGAGAGGGGCCCCCUUGCUGGGUGGUAGAAUGGCCUUAGUGCCUAAUUCUAAAUGGACUCUUCUUUGGAGAAGAGAAGCUACUUGGUUUCUGCCUCAGGGUCCAGUGUCCUUUGAGGAGGUUGCUGUGUAUUUCACAGAGGAGGAAUGGGCUCUGCUGGAUCCCGGCCAAAAAGCUCUGUACAGGGAGGUCAUGCUGGAGAAUUAUGGGAUGGUGGCCUCUCUGGCAGGUGACGGUAGCAACAUGGAAAAUUCUGAAGGGGAACAAGAGUCACUUUGGGGAAAGACCAAUCAUGAAAUGGAAGAAGAGAUCUACGGGGAUCAAGAGGAAUCAAGGAGGCAGGAAGGGAUCCAAGCAGAUUGCCUAGAAACCCCCGCCCAACAAAAGCUUCGCGAUCGAAAGGGAAUGAAAGCUCUACCUGUGGGUGUGAAACCACUCAGUUUUCAAUUGAGCUUCGACACAUACUGCAGUACCCCAAUGGAAGAGAAGCCAAAUCCAUUAUCAGAACACAGGAAGAGCUUCAGUCAGAGCUCACAGCAGACCCCCCAUCAAAGUGCCCAGACAGAGGAGGAUGCUAGUGGGAAUGGAGAUGAAUCAGAGAUGCAGGACAGAAACCGAAUGGAGAUUUCAAGGGAUGAACCUGAUGCUUGUCAGAGAGGGGAUUUCCACCUCUUCCGUAGAGUACAAGAAAAAAAGAAAGGAAAGGAAAAGUGCCUUGGACAGGAAAAGACCUUCAGUAGUCAUUUAAGCGUUAAGGCGUAUAAGAGAAGCCACGUUCUCUACAAAUGUUUGGAGUGUGGAAAAAGCUUUAGUCGGAGCUCAAACUUAACAACCCAUCAAAGGAUCCACACAGGGGAGAAACCGUAUCAAUGCUCAGAGUGUGGAAAGAGCUUCAAUCAUAGCUCAAGCCUUACUUCCCAUCGAAGAAUCCACACAGGGGAGAAACCAUUUGAAUGCCUGGAGUGUGGAAAAAUCUUCACGAGAAGCUCGCAUCUUACUAAGCAUCAAUGGACCCAUACUGGGGAGAAGCCGUAUAAAUGCCUGAAGUGUGCAAAGAGCUUCAUAAGCAGCUCGGACCUUAGUAAGCAUCAAAGAAUUCACACAGGGGAGAAGCCAUAUGAAUGCCUGGUGUGUGGAAAGAGCUUCAACCAGAACACCCAUCUUCUUUCCCAUCAAAGAAUCCACACAGGAGAGAAACCAUUUAAAUGCCUGGAGUGUGGAAAGAGCUUCAGUCAUAGAUCAGGCCUUAAUAACCAUAAGAUAUUCCACAGAGAGGAGAAGCCAUAUAAAUGCCUGGUGUGUGGAAAGAGCUUCAACCAGAACACCCAUCUUACUUCCCAUCAAAGAAUUCACACAGGAGAGAAACCAUUUAAAUGUCUUGAGUGUGGAAAGAGCUUCCGUAGCAGCUCUGGCCUUAGUACACAUAAGAUUCUUCACAGAGGGGAGAAGCUGUAUACAUGCCUGGAGUGUGGAAAGGAUUUCAUAAAAAGCUCACGCCUUAUUAAGCAUCAAAGAAUCCACACAGGAGAGAAACCAUAUAAAUGCCUGGAGUGUGGAAAGAGUUUUGGAUUUAGUGAGCACCUUACUUCCCAUCAAAGAAUCCACACAGGGGAGAAACCAUUUAAAUGCCUGGAGUGUGGAAAGAGCUUUGGCUACAGUGAGCACCUUAAAAUGCAUCUUAGAAUCCACACAGGGGAGAAACCAUUUAAAUGCCUGGAGUGUGGAAAGAGCUUCAGCCAGAAAACACGACUGACUUCCCAUCAAAGAAUCCACACAGGGGAGAAACCAUUUAAAUGCCUGGAGUGUGGAAAGAACUUUAGGCACAACUCAAACUUUAGUACCCAUAAGAGAUUCCAUAGAGGGGAGAAGCCAUAUAAAUGCCUGGAAUGUGGGAAGAACUUUGGUCGUAGUGAGCGCCUUACUAUCCAUCAAAGAAUCCAUACAGGGGAGAAACCAUAUGGAUGCCUGGAUUGUGGAAAGAGCUUUAAAUGCAGCUCAGCUCUUUCUAGGCAUCACAAAAUCCACACAAAUGAGCAUCCUUUUACAUGCCAGGACCACAUUCUGUACAAAUGUUUGGAGUGUGGAAAAAGCUUUAGUCGGAGCUCAAACUUAACAACCCAUCAAAGGAUCCACACAGGGGAGAAACCGUAUCAAUGCUCAGAGUGUGGAAAGAGCUUCAAUCAUAGCUCAAGCCUUACUUCCCAUCGAAGAAUUCACACAGGGGAGAAACCAUUUAAAUGCCUGGAGUGUGGAAAAAACUUCAUGAGCAGCUCGCAUCUUACUAAGCAUCAAUGGACCCAUACUGGGGAGAAGCCGUAUAAAUGCCUGGAGUGUGGAAAGAGCUUCAUAAGCAGCUCGGACCUUAUUAAGCAUCAAAGAAUUCACACAGGGGAGAAGCCAUAUGAAUGUUUGGAGUGUGGAAAGAGAUUUGGUCGUAGUGAACACCUUACAAUCCAUCAAAGAAUCCACACAGGGGAGAAACCAUAUCAAUGUUUGGAGUGUGGAAAGAGAUUUGGUCGUAGUGAACACCUUACAAUCCAUCAAAGAAUCCACACAGGGGAGAAACCAUUUGAAUGCCUUGAGUGUGGAGAGAGCUUCAGCCAGAACACCCAACUUACUUCCCAUCAAAGAAUCCACACCGGGGAGAAGCCAUUUAAAUGCCUGGAGUGUGGAAAGAGCUUCAGUCAUAGCCCAGGCCUUAGUAUCCAUAAGAGAUUCCACAGAGGGGAGAAGCCAUAUAAAUGCCUGGAGUGUGGAAAGAGCUUUGGACGCAAUGAACAACUUACUAUCCAUCAAAGAAUUCACACAGGAGAGAAACCAUUUAAAUGUGUUGAGUGUGGAAAGAGCUUCAGUCAGAACACCCAACUUACUUCCCAUCAAAGAAUCCACACAGGAGAGAAACCAUUUAAAUGUCAGGAGUGUGGAAAGAGCUUCUGUAGCAGCUCAGCCCUUAGUACACAUAAGAGAUUUCACAGAGGGGAGAAGCCAUAUAAAUGCCUGGAUUGUGGAAAGGAUUUCAUAAGCAGCUCAGGCCUUAUUAAGCAUCAAAGAAUCCACACAGGAGAGAAACCAUAUGAAUGCCUGGAGUGUGGAAAGAGUUUUGGACGUAGUGAGCACCUUACUAUCCAUCAAAGAAUCCACACAGGGGAGAAACCAUUUAAAUGCCUGGAGUGUGGAAAGAGCUUUGGUCGCAGUGAGCACCUUAGUAUCCAUCUUAGAAUCCACACAGGGGAGAAACCAUUUAAAUGCCUGGAGUGUGGAAAGAGCUUCAGCCAAAACACCCAACUUACUUCCCAUCAAAGGAUCCACACAGGGGAGAAGCCAUUUAAAUGCCUGGAGUGUGGAAAUAACUUCAUAAGCAGUUUGGAGCUUACUCAGCAUCAAAGGAUCCACACAGGUAUGAAAUCUUUUAAAUGCCUGGAGUGUGGAAAGAGCUUCAGUCACAACUCGGCCUUUAGUACCCAUCAAAGAAUCCACACAGGAGAGAAGCCAUUUAAAUGCCUGGAGUGUGGAAAGAGCUUUAUUCGUAGUGAACACCUUACUAUCCAUCAAAGAAUCCAUACAGGGGAGAAACCAUAUGAAUGCCUUGAGUGUAGAAAGAGCUUUAGAUGCAGCUCAGCUCUUUCUAGGCAUCACAAAAUUCACACAGAUGAGAGCGUGGAAAGAGCAUCAAGAAGACAAACCUAAGUAACCAUCAAAGAGUUCACAUUGUGCACACCCCUUUGGGUGAAACACUCUAAGCAAGAGCAAGGACCUUGCAUCCCAUCUAGGAGUGCAUGCAGGGGAAAUACCUCUUGUGAUAAAUGUGGCCUCACUGUUUUCUUUGUUGUUGUUCUUUAGAACUCUUAAGCUCCCACUGAUGUACAGAUUCCACAGGAAUUUUAACAUGGUACAGGAUUCCCCUCAUGUGGAGUCAGAUGGCAAUCCAGAACAUGGAAACUGCAAUUAUUGGCCCACAUCUUCCAAUUUUAUUUCAUUUCUCAGAAGAAUCCACUGACUGGAGCAUAACAUAGGAAAC